GUAGGAAUACUGUAAAAGAAAACUCCAUUAUUAGAAACACUAAACAAUAAAAAUGGAGACAUUAUUUAACAUCAAAGUUGCAGUUUCAUUAGUAAUUGUGAUAAUUUUUCUGAGAUGGGUAUGGAAAUUCUUGAAUUGGGUGUGGAUUCAACCAAAGAAAAUGGAAAAAAGACUAAAAAUGGAAGGUUUCAAAGGAAGCUCAUAUAAGCUAUUAUUUGGAGAUAUGAAAGAAAUAAAUACAAUGGUUGAAGAAGCCAAAACCAAGCCUAUGAAUUUUACCAAUGAUUAUGUGGCUAGAGUCUUGCCUCACUUCACAAAGUUGAUGCUCCAAUAUGGCAAGAAUAGCUUUAUGUGGUUAGGGCCAAAACCAACAAUGUUUAUCACAGACCCUGAACUAAUAAGGGAGAUCUUGUCAAAAAGUUACAUAUACCAGAAGAUUCAAGGCAAUCCAAUCACUAAGUUGCUAGCACAAGGACUAGUAAGUUAUGAAGCAGAGAAAUGGGCUAAGCAUAGAAAAAUUAUCAAUCCUGCAUUUCACCUUGACAAGUUGAAGCAUAUGCUACCAUCAUUCUACUUGAGUUGUUGUGACAUGCUCAGAAAAUGGGAAAGUAUAGCUUCAUCAGAGGGAUCAGAAAUAGACGUGUGGCCUUUUCUGGAAACGUUGACAAGCGAUGCUAUUUCAAGAACAGCUUUUGGUAGUAACUAUGAAGACGGGAGACAGAUAUUUGAGCUUCAAAAAGAACAAGCUGAGUUGAUUUUACAAGCAGCGCGAUGGCUUUACAUCCCCGGAUGGAGGUUUGUGCCAACAAAGAGGAACAAGAGGAUGAAGCAAAUCGCUAAAGAAGUACGAUCAUUAGUGUUGGGAAUAAUCAAUAAGAGAAUAAGGGAAAUGAAAGCAGGGGAAGCUGCAAAAGAUGACUUACUGGGAAUACUAUUGGAAUCUAAUUUCAAAGAAAUCCAAAUGCACGGAAACAAGAACUUUGGCAUGACUAUCGACGAAGUGAUUGAAGAGUGCAAGUUAUUUUACUUUGCUGGGCAAGAAACUACUUCAGUUUUGCUUGUUUGGACUUUGAUUUUACUGAGUAAGCAUGUCGAUUGGCAAGAAAGAGCUAGAGAAGAAGUUCAUCAAGUCUUUGGAAGUAACAAACCUGAUUAUGACGCAUUGAAUCAGUUGAAAGUUGUAACGAUGAUAUUCAACGAGGUUUUAAGGUUGUACCCACCGGGAAUUACCAUAAGUCGAACUGUACACGAGGAUACCAAAUUAGGGAACUUGUCAUUGCCAGCAGGGAUACAGCUUGUGUUACCUGCAAUUUGGUUGCAUCAUGACAAUGAAAUAUGGGGAGAUGAUGCAAAGGAGUUCAAACCAGAGAGGUUUAGUGAAGGAGUUAAUAAAGCAACAAAGGGUAAAUUUGCAUAUUUUCCAUUUAGUUGGGGACCAAGAAUAUGUGUUGGACUGAAUUUUGCAAUGUUAGAGGCAAAAAUGGCACUUGCAUUGAUUCUACAACACUAUGCUUUUGAGCUCUCUCCAUCUUAUGCACAUGCUCCUCAUACAAUUAUCACUCUGCAACCUCAACAUGGUGCUCCUUUGAUUUUGCGCAAGCUGUAGCGCGGAUAUAUUGAUUGGUUAUCUACUGUAGGUUACUAAAACAUAUAUCAUGUUUUUUGGUCGUAGAACCUUCUAUCUUUCUUUGUACUUUGUUUCUGUUUGAUGACAGUGUUGUCCAAGCCAGCUUGUACGGUUGUAUCUUUCUUUGUACUUUAAGAGUCCAUCAGGCUUCGAGUCCAUCCCCUUUUUAUAUAUAAAGAUAACCAAUCGAUGCACAAUGUUAAUUAUUUUUUGGCAAA